GUCAAUAUCACAAAACGCAGAUAAGCACGAUAAACCAGGCGGAAACCUCCGGGUCGGAAAAGUGAAGCUAGUGCUAAAGUGUCUUAAACUUGCAUUCUCUCUACUGGCCAUCAGGGGGCGACUCCUGGUUAGAAAAAUAAGUCUGAUUUAUUACCUCUGUAAACACGAGUUUAUCGUCUCAAUCUCUAGUUUCAACUCCAGUUUCAACUUCAUUUAGUAAAUUAUGGUCCAUUUAGAGUCAAAUAGAUCAUAAAGUAGGGUAUGCAUGAUUGGAUUGACAGGUCACCACUAGAGAGUUUUCCAGUCUGUAUUGGCAUCUUAAAAAUGUAACACUUCACACAGGGUGUUGUCAGUUCAUGAAAGUUAAUUGUAACAUUGUGUAACAGAUAUCCUGUACUUUGUCUCUCCACCCUCUCAUGUCACUUCUGGCUGCCAAAAAGACAAGAUGGCGACGGGCAAAAUGCCAAUCAUGAACGUUCAUGGGUUGAAAACAGGCAAUUCAAUUUGAAAUGUCAAGUGCCGAGUUAAUUUAGUAAGUAGUAUCAGUACGAAUGAAAUAAAAAAAGAUUAGCCUUUGAAUGUUGAAUCAUUUUAUCUUAUACAACAAAUAUUAUUCAUGUUGGAUCUGUAUUUUGCCUCCUGACAUUUCGCUAACGUGACCUUUGGGGCAAAGUGAGCAUGUGAGGGUUAAUGCAACAGUAAUAAUUUGAUUGCUCACGGUUUACCAAACCAUUGUGUACCAAAUACACUUACAUUAUAUUACAUUACAUGUCAUUUAGCUGCCACUUUAUUCCAAAGCGACUUGCAAUAAGUGCAUUCAAGGUAACGUAACAUUUCUUCAAGAAAGCCAAACCAUAAUAAAAAAAAUACCAUUUGUGAGUGCCAACCGAGUGCCACUGACGUGCUAAUCUGCUUUUAUUCAAGGUGUUCACUUACAGUGACAAUACAUGAGGUAAUAGCAAGAUAUCAGACCUAAACCUGCCACUCUGCCUCUUUGGUGCAGCAAAGAUGAGCAGUAAACACAAAAAAAUCAUGUUAUUUGUAUUGUCCAACCUGUUGGCACAAGCACUCAAUUGAAGUCCAAUAUUCGCUUUCCUCAGAGCUGUUCGUUCUUCAAAUAUCGACUAUAAAAGCUGUCAACAACGGGCUCGGUGGUAAUAUCUCGCCCUCCUGGUGUGGCUGCGUUGUCUUACCUGUAACGGUAUUCGACAAGGUUGGCCAACUCCAAGCUUUCAUCGUGCAGUUCGGAAUCUGAUGGCGAUAGUUCUUGGCAUCGUGAUCCACGGAGGAUGUGCUUUCUGCUAACAUGUUUUUAAGUGUGUUUAAAUGAUUUGCCCAUGGAGGGAUCUUUUUUUUCUUCUCAUGCUCUCUGUCUACCUUCAUUAGCAUUCCCUGAGAUACAUAUACUGUACAUCAACACAUCACACAUGUUUGCUGAUCUAAUAUGUUAAACUAAUAGAUAUAAGAACGCUUAGCACCAUUCAGUCCGUUUACAUGAUGGUAUAAUUCGAAUCUUGCUUUAGUCGGACGAUGCUAUCUUUUGGGGGAUCUGCUAUUAUCCCAAUAUACAUGGCAGUGAGUAAUUCGAAUCAUUGGCCGAAAGCAUGUCAUCCGAUACGAUUGGUGGCGCUGUUUUCAUUACAACUCGUGGUGAUACAGCCAUUUCCGCUUGACCUCUUCACCACUACAAACAACAACAACAUCAACAUUUCGAGAAAGAUGGCGAACAGAGAGCAAGGCGAAGCUCCAUCCCUCUACUAUUCUUGCAUGAUGUUAAUAGGAGUACAGCGAAUGCAAAUGGCGCGAUUGCCAUUGUUUGUUUGUUUUCUGCCGGCCAGGCUCCCGACAGUGACAACUUAUCGUCUCUUUCGACUUCCGGGUCACGACAUGGGAGGGAGGGAGGGAGGAGGGCGGCGGGAUCUCAAGCAUGCUCAAAGACGCAAAGUCCAGUUCCUAAUCCAAUUCACCGUUACAUGCCGCGAUAGUCGAAUUAUCAACCGGAUCGGAUCGAGUUAUCCAGGGUUGUUAAUCGGAUCGUAGUCGGACCGCACAUAGUCGAACAAAGGUGUUUACAUGAAACGGCUAAUUCGAUUUCAGUCCGACUAAGCCAGUUAUUCGAAUGCAUGUAAACACGGUCACUGUUAGCAGGCAGCUCUGCUCAUCUGUUGCUGCAAGCCAUUUUUUGUUCUUCUUCCUUUUCCUUUUUAAUGCUUGACUUGAGGAGAUAGUGUAGCAGCAGUAUGUAUAUAAUAAAUAUCAGCUCCUAGGUAUCAGCUGCUAGCUGGCCCAUCGGCACGGGAUCUCAGCUCGGCUUAUUUGGUUGAAUUAAUUGUUAAUGGUUCUGCGAUUCUCCACAAGUUCCAGCAUGACUUUUUUGUUUUUUUCUCUUUUCUUUUCAAGAAGUCUUGUUGUAGACGACAUCUCUUCACGCUCAUGUGACCUCAUUUCCUCCCUCCUCGCUUCUUUCAGAGCCAAACGAAGCGGCGACUGCCCGGGAAAUACUCUGCGCUCUCCUGGACUGGAUGGGAGGAAGGACAAUCUUUGACCUUGGGAAGUGAAGAUGCUGUUGCCAUGGGAACUGUUAAUCCUUUUGUCACUCCAAGAGUGCCUGGCUGAGAAUACGCGCCAUGGUCCUGUCUUAACCCAGGAGCCCAGUGACAGUAUUUUCCCCCUGAGCACUGAUGAUAAGCAGGUGUUUAUUAAUUGCAAAGCAAAGGGAAACCCACCUCCGCACUACAGGUGGAAAAUGGAUGGUGGGGAAGUAAACACACAGUCAGAUCCUAACUACAGCCUUGUGGAGGGGAACCUGUUGAUCAAUAACCCCCAUGUCAUCGACCAUGGAGGAGUGUAUCAGUGCAUUGCCACCAACACUUUUGGGACCGUCGUCAGCAGGGAGGCGAAAGUGCAGUUUGCUUUUCUGCAGAGCUUCAGCAGGAAGUCCAGGAACACGGUGUCGGUGCGAGAGGGUCAAGCCGUGGUUCUGCUCUGCGGCCCUCCACCCCAUUACGGAGAGAUCAAAUAUUCAUGGGUUUUCAACGGACAGCGGAGCUUCCUGCAACAGGAUGCCCGGCGUUUUAUCUCUCAGAGGACGGGCAACUUGUACAUCGCCAAAGUCGAAGCCUCGGACGUGGGGAACUACACGUGUGCGGUGAGAAACAUGAUGACCAACGCCACAGUGUUCAGCUCUCCAACCCCCGUGGUGGUGCGCCGUGACGCAGUGAUGGGUGAAUACGAGCCAAAGAUCGAGGUUCAGUUUCCCGACACCCUCCGAGUCUCUAAAGGAUCAUCGGUGAAGCUGGAAUGCUUCGCCCUGGGAAACCCCGUGCCUACAAUCUCCUGGAGAAGAGCUGAUGGAAACCCACUCCCUGGCAAGAUAAAAAUCAACCACUUCAGCGGGGUUCUGGAAAUUCCAUACUUUCGCCCAGAGGACGCCGGUGUGUACGAGUGUGUGGCCGCGAACAGCAGAGGACGAAAUGUCGCCAGAGGGCAACUCGUAUUCCACAAUGCUGAACAUCUGCACUGGGUCCAGACGCUGAAAGAUGCUCACAUGUCCAUCGACGCUAAUUUGCAGUGGGAAUGUAAAGCCAUGGGCAGGCCGAGGCCCACGUACAGAUGGCUGAAGAACGGUCAGCCGCUAACGGCGGAGGGCCGUAUCCACGUGGAAGCGGGCAGACUGACCAUAUCCAGGAUCAGCGUGUUGGACUCUGGGAUGUAUCAGUGCGUGGCGGAGAGCGAACACGGAGCCGUGUACGCCAGCGCCGAGCUCAAAGUCGUAGCCUCACCGCCAGACUUCAGCCGGCGGCCCGUGAAGAAGGCCACCGUGAUCCGGAGGGGGGGCGAGGUGGUCUUGGAGUGCCGCCCCCACGCCUCUCCCAGGGCCACCGUCUCCUGGUGGAGAGGCGGCGAACUCCUGAAGGACAGCCAGAGAAUGACUAUCGUGGAGGACGGGACGCUACGCAUCACCAACAUCUCCACGUCGGACGGAGGCAGGUACACGUGUUUGGCCAGAAACCAUUUCGGGACAUCCAGCAGCUCCGGGACACUGCUGGUGAAAGAGCCGACCAAGAUCCUGGUCCCGCCCUUGAAUCUGGACGGCACCGUGGGACAGAGCGUCGUGCUGCCAUGCGAGGUUUCCAGUGAUGCGUCCCUCAUUCCCAUCUUCAAGUGGUUCUUCAAUGGGAAAGCCAUUGAUUUCAGCAGGCAGGAGCACUUGGAGAUGAUUGGAGGGGGAUUUGCAGGUGACCUGAUGGUGAGGAACAUUCAGCUGAAGCAUUCUGGGAAGUACGUGUGUAUGGUGCACACCGAAGUUGACACCGUCUCAGCAGCAGCAGACUUAAUUGUCAGAGGACCCCCUGGUGCCCCAGAGGGCCUGUCGGUGAGCGACAUCACUGACACCGCCGUGCAGCUGUCCUGGGGCUCCGGACCUGACAACCAUAGUCCUGUUACCAUGUACAUGGUCCAGGCCAGGACCCCCAUCUCUAUCGGCUGGCAGACUGUGAGGACAGUUCCUGAUUCUGUGCCUGGACAGAUGAUGCAUGCAACAGUGAAAGAUUUAAACCCCUGGGUGGAUUACGAAUUCAGGGUGGUGGCAAUCAACGGCGUUGGCGUGGGAGAGCCCGGCACGCCAUCAAAACCGAUUCGAACCGCAGCAGCAGUUCCCAAGGUUGCGCCGGUCAAUGUGAGCGGCGGCGGAGGAGCUCGAGGAGAACUCGUCACCACGUGGGAGCCCGUUCCAGAGGAACAGCAGAGCGGAGAGGACUUUGGCUACGUCGUGGCGUUCCGGCCGCUUGGCAGCAGCACCUGGAUCCAGGCGGUUCUGGCGUCAGCUGACGCGUCGAGAUACGUUUACAGAAACGACAGCAUCGCACCCCUGACCCUGUUCCAAGUCAAAGUGGGAGUCUUCAACAGCAUGGGGGAGGGGCCGUUCAGCCUGGUCGUCACUGUGUUUUCUGCAGAGGAAGAGCCCACUGAGGCGCCGUCGAGAGUUUGGGCCCGCACUGUGUCGGCCUCCGAGAUCGAAGUGUACUGGGAACCGAUUCCCAGCGAGUCCGGCAGCGGGAGGAUCAUUGCGUAUGAGGUUCUCUUUUGGGAGGAAGGAUCUGAGCAGAGUGAGGCAGAGAGAGUGAGGGUUUUCGACAGCACGGCUCUGCUCUCCGGCUUGAAGGGAAGCACGGUCUAUCUGAUCUCAGUCAGAGCCCAGAACAGCGCUGGACUUGGACCCUGCAGCCCCGCUUUUAACAACACCACCAAGAAGCCGCCUCCGAGUCAGCCUCCAGGGAACAUCGAGUGGAACCUGACCAACUCUAAGAUCUUUCUGAAUUGGGAACACGUCAAGGCGUUGGAAAAUGAGUCCGAGGUGACGGGAUACAAGGUUGUGUAUCGUCAGAACUGGCACAGCAGGACCACCGUACUGGAAACCAAUAAGACCAGCCUGGAGCUGCAAAUCCCUUCUGGAGAGGACUACCUCAUCGAGAUUAAAGCUCUGACCGCGGGGGGCGACGGCACCAGCAGUGGUCCCAUACGCAUACCAAAGAUGUCUAGUCUUAACUCAAAGGGGUGUGCGUGCCCAGUUCCAAUCAGGAUUUGCCAUUUUAUGAUGUUAUUUCUGUCUUUUUAUGUACAUUUUUUGAGCUUCUAAUGCCUUUCUAUUCAGCUCUGGACAUUAUUGUAUUCAUGAUUAUCUUCUACAUGUCCACGAUAUGGAAAAACAAGAUAACAAGCCAGUUUCUGAACCACCGGUUUUCCAACCAAACCUGGAUGAUGGGAGCUCUCAUUUGACAACCUGUCAAAAUGCCCACAAAUAUGUGGCUGGACUGUUGCUCACACAGGCAACAGCACAGCUACAAAACCAUUUCCAUCUGCCUAUUUUCAGGACCACUGCAAUCCUCCAGGAUGCACAAGUAUGAUAAACACGGAAAGAUGAAUUUCUUAUCUGUCAUUUUGAA